UAUGGGGGGUUUGUCUGUGGUGAUGAUCAAAUAAUAAUAUAACCUUUAUAUACAAAAUUAAAAAUUUCUUUAAAAAGUUAUUAAACCAAAAAUUAUCGUUGAAUAAUUAAAAAUGAAUAUAUGCCUAAGAAAUAAGUUCACUCGAUUAAAUCUCGUCAGCAAUUUUCACCGUUUUUCUACAACAGUGCCAGAAAUUGAACAGAAUGAGCAAGUGCUUAUUGACGAUACAGAAGAUCUCCUUGCUAAAGAAGAAGAGAUUCGUAAAAAGAGAAAUACGUCGAGACUAGCCAAGGCGCAUUACAACCUGGUUAAUGGUAGACGUCCCUAUGAAGAGCCAAACUGUUUAGCACAUUUAACAGUCAAGUAUAAUAGAAAAAUGUAUGGCAAAUAUGGAGUUGCAAGUGGGGUCAAUCCAAGUCUUUGUUGGCCCACCAAAAAAGAAAUAGAAGAGAAGAAAGAAUUUGAAGCAGUAGCAUUCCCCUAUACAAUCAGACAGGUGAUGGAUGCAACAGCAGAAAAGAGAAGGGAGGAGCAGUUGAGAAUAGAACAGAGAGACAUAGAAGUAGCAACCAAGGUUGCUAAGUUAGAGCAGUGGAAGAAGGAAUUAAAUGACAAGGUUGCUAAAAAGGCUGCAGAGGUGCUGGCGGCUAAGCAAAAGAAAGAACGCCUAGUAGAGGAAGUGAGAAGACACUUUGGCUUUACCCUCGAUCCCAAAGAUGAACGCUUCAAGGAAGUACUGGCAAAGAGAGAAAAAGAACAGAAGAAGUUGGAGAAACAGGCGCGGAUGGAGGCAAAAGAGAAGAUGAUGAUCGCCAAACUGCAGCAAAAGAGUGGUGAGAUUAGUGAAAAGAGUUAAAUCACAUACUUGGGAUGUAUUUAUUUAGUAAAGUAAAGUAAUAAAAUUAAUUUGUUGAUU